CGCGGACAGAACAGGCAACAGUUCAGAUGGACUAGACCUGCGCGAUUAACGGAAUGUGGUGUUACUAGCACAAGCCUGUAAAAUUACAGGGAAAGAACGGUUCUCCACUACCAACUUAUUUUAUUACCUUGGACUUGAGAAACCUUCAUCUUUACAAUGCCAAAGAGUGACACGUGGCCCGGUGGCGUCACCAUAGGGACGAUCACUGGCAUGGACAGUGCGGGCAGCUGUGACAGUGUUUUCAGUAUGAACUCUGGAUUUAGUGACAAUAGCCUCAAGCACCUGUCUGCUGAGGAGAGGGCAUGUCUCAUGUUCUUGGAGGAGACCAUAGAGUCCCUAGAGACUGAGGAGGACAAUGGACUGUCCAAUGAUGAGCCUGACUGCCUGCCCACCACCGGCAACGUGGCCACCAAGAUGGCCCACCUCUCUGCCUCCAUGGGCCAAAACAAGCUCAACAAUGUAUCAAAAUAUCCCAGUGAUGAGUACGGUUACCUGGUUCCUACUCCGUUCAUCCUGGCCAACAGCACCUCCUGCAUCCUGUCCAAGCCCAGGCCAGGAAUACCCCCAAAUAAUGAGAACUCUCACCCAAAGCCCCAGGUCAUUGCCUUGGACAACACGCCAUCUCAGAGCCAUCACCCUUGUGUACCCCCUGAGGUCAAUGUUGUGGUGAUACCCCCUCCAUCAAAGCCCAAAGACUACCCUUGUCAGAGACCACCCCCUUCACCCAGGGGCCCUCUGUCCUAUGAGGCCCUAGUGCAGCUGAGGAAGAGUGCGUCCAUGAAGAGAACCCUUCAAAGUGCCACAGCUGAGACCAGAGACUGGAACAGGCAGCCCUCUUCAUCAGCCGUUCCCAUUGACCUGCACCAUGGGAGCACACCCAGAGACCCGUCAGUCACCCCAGCCCAGGUCACACUCCCCCAAGAGCCCAGCAAGCAGAAUGACAGUCCUCCAGUAGUGUUCCCAAAACCCCCCAAAAUACCCUCCCACAUUGCCCUGAAUACCCAAAAGGUUACAGCCAACCCCACCACAGACUCCAGUGCCCCUUCCUUGAGCUCAUCACCCACUGACAGGCAUUUGUCGGACUCCCAAAAGGUGCGAAAGGAGGCCCUGCAGAAGCUGGGGCUCCUGAGAGACAAUAAUGAGUCCCAACCUAACUCUGUUACGCCACUGUGCUCCUCCAAAUUUCACUAUACCUGUGACCUAACUUCAGCCAGUGUGGGAGUUAAAGCUCAACCCCACGGUAACUCAACAAGAAGCCAGCCCUCAUCCACCUCCCAAGGACCCAGAGAACCUAGCAGCAGGCCGGUACAAAGCAGCAGCUUCCUACAUCGCUCUAGGAGUGAGGAGCAGCCCCCCAUACCGCCCUCACACCUGACCAAACCCAGUGGGGUCAAAGCUGUCACCCUAGAGCAUUCUGAGGUGGGGCUUGGGACCUACGUGGCCGACCACCGGAAACCUCCCCAGGGUGGACGUUGCACCCCACCUGCUCCCACCAAAGCCCCAGAGCAGGAGAAAACAACCCUCGCUGCCCAGCCAGUGUCCACCCACAAGACCCCGCACUGCCCGGGCUUCAGUGUGGUGAUGGUGCCCAGCAUGGGAGAAGACAGACGAGAGGCUCUUAGGAAGCUGGGGCUGCUGAAAGACUAGGCCUGGAGAGAAGGUAUCUCUUCCCAGUGGUUAAAUGGAUACAUAAAAGGGGUAUCACAUGGAACAGGCUCUACCACCGUAGGCAGAGAAGCAGCAUAAAGAGGGAAUUGAAUGGAUUUCUGUAAAUAUUUUUUAGCACUGAACGUGCUGGUUUAUCAGGAAAAUACCUUCUUUCUUCCUUUUCUGUCUGUAAAACCUCUUACUGCAGUUUAGUUUUCAUGUCAGUUGUUUGUUAACAUGAUAUUUGCUAAUUGUUUUUAAAGGAUUUUGCUGUUACAGAAUCAGUCACUGCACACUUAUACAGUAGAUCAGAGGAAUGAAUGCAACAGGCUUAUUCAGAGAGGUUGGGUUAAAUGCAGAAGACACAUUUCAGUUCAUCAUAUUUUUGGUAUAAUUGCUGUGUAACAGACUGCGUUUAAUUUUUUUUAUACCUUUAUGCAAGUCAGUUAAGAACAAAUUCUUAUUUUCAAUGACGGCCUAGGAACAGUGUGUUAACUGCCUGUUCAGGGGCAGAACGAUAGAUUUUGUACCUUGUCAACUCGGGGAUUUGAACUUGCAACCUUUCGGUUACUAGUCCAAUGCUCUAACCACUAGGCUACCCUGCCACGUUCACGGUAUGCUUGAGAUGAGAACAUGUAUUUGACCAUACAUAUUUUGUCUUCUCUAAUGCAUAUUUGUUUUUGGUCCAUAUCUCUAAAGGCCAUAUAUGCAAUUGUGUUAGGGUCCAUUGUACCUUUGAGAGGACAUUUGAGAGGGCUUUUCAAUGAUAUUACUUAUGGGGGUGUGACUUCAUUUUUUUUCUGCCUGGUUCUUCAAAAACGGCAACCAUCACAAUCAGCACAUUUUAUAGUAAGGGUAGCAUUUUUGUGAUUUUGAUAUUCAAAUAGUUUCUAAUAGGUACAUUUCUUCACAUUAAAUAAGAUAUUGUUAAUAAAGUGGACAUCAAGAUGCGCUGUU